AUGUCAGAGAACAAAGCCGCAUACCUCGUUGCCGUCAAUACCCCCCUUGAGCUCAAAUCGGCUCCAUAUCCAGAGCCUGAAGACGACCAAGUCAUAGUAAAGAACCAUGCAGUCGCCCUCAACCCCGUCGACUGUGCCCAGCAGAAACUCGGCACUUACUUUCCAUGGCUCAAGUUCCCAGCUAUACUUGGUUCUGAUGUCUCCGGACAAGUCGUAGCCCUUGGCUCUGGUAUCACCAAGUUCAAAAUUGGUGAUCGCGUCGCCGGCUCUACCAUGGGGAGUUUUCAGGAGUACGUCCCUGUAAAAGAAUACUCUUGCGCCAAGAUCCCGGACAAUAUCAGCUACGAAAAAGCAGCUACGCUUCCUCUAUGCUUGAGUGUUGCUGUCAAGGCUUUGUUUCAUCCGGAAUACUUGGCGCUCGAUCUUCCUGCCCCUGGCACCGAGUCCAACGGCAAAGUCAUUCUCAUUUGGGGAGGAUCGACCAGUGUUGGGUGUAGCAUCGUUCAGCUUGCCAAAGCAGCUGGAUUCGAAGUCAUCGCCACUGCAUCACCCAGAAAUUUUGACUACCUCAAGAAACUGGGUGCCAGCCAAGUCUUUGACUACAACUCGACCUCGAUCAAGCAAGAGCUUCUCGCCGCAGUCCAGGGAAAGACACUUGUGCAGCUGUCGCUCUAA